UAAAAGGUCCACCCGCUGACAACAUCGUCCAACCAUACUGGUUUUGUGUCCCUUUUGUGUUUGCUCUCCAAUAGUUGUAUACCAGGAGACACAGAAGCUCACUCGUGCCAAUCCAGAUAAGUGUGUGCUUACUUAUCGGAACGUCACAGGAUACGAGGCAUCAGGUUUGGCUGGGAUCCAAAAGGGAGGCAUCGGACUUGGCCAGCGCCUUUCUAAGCCAAGCAAACUUCAAGCACGAGACCAGAGUUUAAUCUUGACGUUUUACACAUUCGCCACCUCGCAUAAUUCAUAAUCGAUUUCACGCCGGGACGCACUGCUGCUCUGCGAUAUAACGGACUCCUGGAAACUUCCCAUUCGCUCUGCAUUAUUCGUCACAGGGCCGUCACGACGUUAUUACUCAAACUGGCGUGUGACCAACAGCAACAGUGACUCUUCUCUUAAAAGCAACGAAGAACAAUUUCCAGGAAGCUACCGAGCAGUUGUCAGCAGACACACGGGAGAAUGUUCUACCGCAAAUUUCAACUAAAACCCACCCAAUUAACGUUGGGGUUUAAUACCAGUUGCGACUUUACCUUUUCAAACGUAGUUGCGGCGUCUUGACACCUGGACAACAGUGGCGCCACCGUCGUUCUCCGUAACGUCAGGUUUCACCGACGCCUCGUAGUCUCGAACGCUUAAUAGUUUGUUCUACACUCCGCAUUGUCGUCAGAAAUUUACAAGGGGAUGGAGAAACAUUCAGGCACUCCAGAGGGGUUUUAGGGGUUCAAAAGUUUAUGUGAAUUGUCUGGAGUAAUAUGCAUACUUUUAAUGAGGUUAGGCUGGAUGACGGGAUACGGCAACCUGAGAGAGUGAAAGAAGCGACAGCAGUUCGAUAAAUCUUCAAGUCACUAUGGCCACGAUUCCGUGUUAUGCAUCCUCGUGCAGGGUGCACUAGCAGAUUAUAUUGCGGAAUUGGCAGAACCCGGCGCCGGAUAUCUCCUUGAACUAAAGUAAUCUCGUCGGCUGACUGGCUGACUGUGUUCCUGCACGACUGGCUAACUUUAAUGGAAGGACUUGUAUUAUCUUAUUUCGUUAUUUUGCUAUUUCUCUUUGCGGAAAAUCCACGAUGCAUUCGGACGAAAUUAAUAUACAGGAGUCCUGGUUCACAUACGACAGAGACUGUCAAAAUUGGCGUGACGACUGUCGCUAUUUUCUAACACACGUACGACGUCAAUGGUGCGUCAUUUCCUGCUGACCUACGUCCCUUCCACGCAAUCAUGAUAAUAAUUGAUUUGAGGCUGCGAAAAAAUUUCAUGAAAAUUGAUAUGCACAGAGCCAUCAAUGCUGACGUCAUCCGUAAAUACAUCCGAAGACGGUGCAGUGUUCUUGCACGUAUGCAAUUUCAAGAAUUCCACGUGAGAUUGAGAAACAGAGAAACAGGCUGGUAUCUGCGUAGAAGAAGAAAAUGUCGGACUGCACGGAUCUCAGGUGACUUUCUACAACAUCAUUGGCUAUAGAGGAGACACUUGCGGAUGACAGGAGAGAAAUGAUUUGGCUUGUCAGUAAAUCAAUAAUCCAUGGUGUACAUUCACACGCACGUCAUCGCCAGCCUCUACUUUAUGCUACCAAGCAUCCCGAAGACCAAGAGGACGUACUGCUAGGUGAACAGGAACGAGAGAACAACGUGACGAAGAGUCAACGUGUCUGACGAACGGAAGGCGUCCCGCGAUGUAAGCGAACGUGCUAAAGAGAAUUAGAGCUAAGGGUUAAUCGAUGUUAAUCGAAGGUGUCAAAGAUGAGAGAGAAGUGUUGCGAAUUUAAAGCAUUCCAUAACGUGCCGUCGAUCGGUCUCUUAACAAAGUUCAAACAUUUCAUCAAUUUAAUUAGCACUUGUCAGGAGCCCAAAGAUUCUCCUCGCUAUAAAUUACGCUCGAUCAAGAUCGAUCGAUUAAUUCGUUUAAUGGAUACAGGAAUGUCUUAUUAAUUGAAGAAUUCCGGCGAUACUCUCGUGCAGAAUUACAAGAGCCGAACACUAGUGCGUCAAUAGUCGUCAGUGCGGAUUGGCGUUUCGAGAACUCAGUGACGCGCACAACUUAAUUUAUGCACGAUACAAUUGAAACUCUAAUUAUUAAAACAAUCGACAACGUGACUGCGAAAUGUGUGUUAAUGACAGUGCGACAGUCAAAUUAAUCAAGUGUUUCAAAAUCAUCCUAUCAAAUCAAUAUCCACAGUGUGUGAGGAGCAUAUAGGUGCAAGCAAUAUUAUAUGCAUGAGCGAUCACUUUGAUCCUCAUGAGGUGCACUAAUUAGAAAUUAAUCCUUAACAUGUUUUAUGCCCUAAAUCAGUAAUACAGAGUGAAGAUAAUUGAACUUUAAUCAAUAUAAAUGUUGUCAACAAUGUCAGCGGUCGCUCUGGAACUAAACUCGUCCUAUUACACGACGGUAGCAGGCUCGAGUUCCGCCGACGAUUUCUCAGUCUCAACGACAGAUUCGGCCAACUCAACAUCAGCGUCCUACAUGCUGCCUGCCUAUAUCCGUAUAACAUCCAUGGUGGCCUGUAUAGUCGUCAUGGUCCUGGGAGUGGUUGGAAAUCUUAUGGUACCACUUGUUGUACUGAGAGGCAAGGACAUGAGGAACAGCACGAAUAUAUUCCUGGUGAAUCUCAGCGUGGCUGAUCUCUGCGUUCUGCUUGUCUGCGCGCCUACGCUCCUCGUGGAGGUGAACUCGCUGCCGGAAGUCUGGCGUCUAGGGGAACAUAUGUGCAAGGCCGUGCCCUUUGUCGAAAUGACCGUCGCUCACGCAUCGGUACUCACUAUUCUGGCCAUAAGCUUCGAGAGAUAUUACGCCAUUUGCGAACCCCUCAGAGCUGGGUACGUGUGCACCAAGGCAAGAGCUACGUGGCUGUGUCUGUUGGCCUGGGCGGCAGCCGCUCUCUGUACCAGUCCAAUUCUCCUGAUAUCGGACUACAGGAUGGCGGAGUACAUUGGCGAUUCCAUGGUUCCGGUAUGCCAGAUGAGGGUGGACACCAGCGACUGGACAGUCGGCUUCUUCCUGACGACCAUCAUCGUCUUCUUCAUCCUGCCACUGUUCAUCCUGGUCGCCCUGUACACUGUGAUCGCGCGGCACCUGAUGGCCAAUCCGGCAAUCAGCAGAGGACCAGCUAAUAAUUUAUUGAAAUACCGGAAGCAGGUGGUGCUGAUGCUUGGUACGGUAGUACUGAGCUUCUUCAUCUGUCUGUUACCAUUCAGGGCGUUCACGCUGUGGAUCAUCAUGGCGACCCCUAAAACCAUUCUCGAUAUGGGGAUAAACACGCACUACUGUCUUCUUUACUUCUGUCGCACGAUGGUCUAUCUGAAUUCCGCCAUUAAUCCAAUCCUGUACAACCUGAUGUCCACCAAGUUCCGCGAGGGCUUCCUGAGGCUCUGUGGAUUGGGCAAUACCAAGAGAAAGAAGAGUUACGGUAGAACAGGGACCUACACUACCGGCUCGACCAACUGCAGUACCAAUCAGUCGGACUUCUGGAGACGAAGCAGCAGCAACAAGAGCUGCAGCAUGAAGCUGCCGAAUGUGCCGUCCGAGAAGCAGCUCAAGCUGUCGUUACUGACUGCUGUCACCGGAAGUAUCAUCGGCAAGAAACAGGAGAGCUUCGUCUGAGACUAGCAGACUGCCGACGAUCAUCGUACCCAGGAGUUGCUGGACCUGUCCGAGCCAAGACCGUCGGCAGUCCAAUUGAACGUUAUAGAGUAAGCCGUGAACUGGAUGAAGAUUGGCCAGACGUCAGGACUGCUUCUUCUCUGCGGGGGCCAGCUGAAGAGAUUGUUAAACUUAGAUUUAGUAGACUUCCGGUCUCUAAGGUAUCAUCGAAAAUCCUUGUUCUGUACAAACGAUCAGUCACGUUCGUCCUAGUCGGGAUUUUCGAUGGUUCCACCGGAAAUGAACUAGCAGCUAAUUAUCAAAAUAUAUUCGACUGUUUCGGGGGCCAGUUAGGGGUGGGUUCGACUUCUCCUAUAGAGAAGAUAUACUAGUAAGACGAAUACUCUCAUUUAGAGGCAUUCGAAUGGGGCGCGAAGUAGUUUACUUUAAUUUAUACCACGAUGAAAUUGCGCUAAAGGGUUAGAGAUAGGCCGGAGAACAAGGGUGGUCCUCCCUUAUUUUCGCGACUCGACCUGUGGAAGUCACGAUAUGCCACCACGGGGGGCACGGUGACGGGACUUAAACGAUCGGCAAAACAAGUACAAAGGGAAUGCAAAUCGGGUGACUUUUCGUUCCCCACGAAAAUGGAAAUUUUAUCUAGUGGAAAAAUUGUCCGUCGCUCGAGCGACAAAGGGUAAACAGGGGAUCGUGGGAAAGGCAGUGAUACAUGUCCGUGCCAUUUUCCUGGGUACCAGAGAGAAAGAGAGUGUCUGUUGAGUGAGUGACUGAAAGAGCGAGAGAAUAUAUGUGUAUGAAUCUGUGCAUGUUUGAGAACACCUCAUUCCUGGACGUUCUUUCUAGUCGGGAAUCAUCGGUAGGGCGAUAAGACGCCUUUGGACAGUCCAGGAAAUUUACUCAAAAUCAUAGGUAUAAGGUGUGUACUAUACGAAGGGAAUGUAUACUGCAACAAAGACAUUUCUAGUAUAAGAAAAAAAAACCACGAUGAACAAUAUGGCGUUGAGAAUCUUUUAUCAGACUGCGACAUAAAAUAUUCGAAAUUACAUUAAGUUACUUUUAAAGUCAAUAACGUCGAGAUUACUACUACUUUUUGUACAUCCUGUAGACUGAUCGUGAUACCUAUAUAUAUAUUUUUUGCUUCUUCACACUGUCCGUAUCGUUUCGCGUGGUUAUCGAGUGUAAAUAUCUAACCUAACCUACAAUUGUUCCUAUAAAAUGACGUAAUUAUUCCGUGUUCGAAAAGGCUGCAACUUUUGUGUCGCAGUGCCAUUAUCUACCUGUCUUGUCGAAGCGUGCGCUUGAAGGUCGAUAUUACUGGUAAUUAAGUGUAAGAAAAUUAAAAGAAAAAAAAAAUGUAAAAAGAAAACGCGAAAAUUGACAAACGGCAGUAACGCUGUAAUGUUCUUUGUUGAAUGUCGGAGGCGUGUGAUUGGUGUAUAAUUAAUUGUACUGGAAGUUAAGAGUGACUCCCCUUGAAGGGGUGAAAGAUGAAGGGUCGUGGAAGAGUGUCGGUGAGAGGUUAAGUCAUUUUUGUCAAUGAAAAUUUUCGACAAGUUUUCACUCGAAUCGAAACGACGCCAUAUUUUAAUAAUCACGCCGACCGAGGUAAUUGCUCAUGGCGAAGCAAUAAGUGUGAACUGAUUGGGGACGUUAAUUAGUCGAAAAAAAAAAUCAUUCCAGAAACGUCCAUUCGACGGUAAAAUAUGUCUCUUUAUCUUUGUCGUUACAUUCUUUUCGUUUCCACGGAGUUUUGCUUUAUUUUAUCUAAUUCCAUCCCUCCACUUCCUUUGUCCUUUCUUAUACCCCGUUUUGCUAACGCGGAAAGGUGAUGAAUUUCACCGAAAGCCAAGUCUCUUUUGUUCCAAAAUACUCAUGGUAAUUAAUUCACGCUUAGUUUCUGAAAGGAAAGAAAAAUAACAAAAGUAUAUAUAAUUAUUAUCAAGCAAACAGAGAUAAGUAUUUAAAACAAUAUGACGCUACAGAUAUACGUGCCUCAGUUACAUUCAUACGUAUUUACUCACGAGGAUAUAGACUUUUACGAGAUUCGAAUUAUUUUACUACUUGUAGGAAAUAUUGAUUAGUGCUACCAUUAUUAUUAUUGUUGUUGUUAUCAUUAUUAUUGUAACACUGUGCAUACUAUUUAAUGUUAUCGUUGCUAUACUUAUUGCCACUAUAAUAUUGCGAGUAUCAUCGUUACGUAUAGUAUCACUACUGAUAAAAAGAGCCCUUGGAGGGUGCGUGAAGUCUUGUAAAUAUAUUUUAAUGUACGAA